CUCAAAUAAUAGAGAGGCGCCGUGGUGGGGGAAAGCCGAGUCGUCAAAGGCCCCGUGCACGUACAUAUACACCCGUACACCAUUGUGUACCUGCCGCAGACAGCGUGCAUUGCAGGUACUUAUACUGGGCUUCCUGGUGACAAGAGUGAAGUCGGUAGAACCUUCACAUGCUUUGAACAUUCGUGUCUCCAUGUUUUCUUCAUGACGUUCGGCAGCAGGCCUCGGCCAGGUAUUACGAGACGUCUCGCCUGAAAGCUAUGAGAUCAACAGAAACAAUGGCAGGUUUUAGUCGGAAUCAACCUGUCGAGAGUACUUUUCCUGAGUAUCUCAAUGAGGAAGAUGAUGAGGAAAGCCCUGGUAGAAGUAGGCCUUCUGAAUUAAACUCUUGCGAUACGGUGCUACAGAGACUGAGCGCUAAGCUCAAGGAACUGGAGGAAAGAGAGGCCUCGACACGGUUGGAGGUCCAAACGUUGAAGCUGCAGGUGGAAGCUUCGCGGAGGGAUCAUGAGAGGAUCGUGCUUUUAGAGAUGAGGAAAAAUGAAGCUGAGGCCUACGCAGACGCUAUGGCAACAGAGCGGGCAGCUAUCGCGCGGGAGAGAGAUCAAGUGAAGUCGGCGCAGGAGGAGCGCAUACAGCAGGUCAGAGUCGCCCUAGCGAAGGCAGAGGCAGAGAGGGAAAAGAUGGAGAAAGAUUACCAGGCCAAACUAGCCGAGUUGAAGCGCAAGCACAACGCACAGAACAAUACUCUGCAGCUGUGGGAGGCCGAACUCCGGCAACUGAGAGACGAAAACGCCGAACUCAAACGGGAAAACAACUUCCUGAGGGAGACGUUCUUCGCCGUCAGUCCCUACCAGGGCGACAGUCAGCGGCUGAGUUGUUUCUCGUGCGGGCAGGGUUACAGCGCCGAAGCUCACACGGGCAACGAGUGUACUUUCCACCCGCUGCCGCCCGUCCCACCACUCGUGUGGCACCGCUGGCAGCACGAACAUCUGAACAAAUACCAGCGCUCCGCCUACAGGCAGUACUUUUACUGGUCUUGUUGCAACACGCUGGCGGCCAAGGGGCGGCGCCCCGAAGGGUGCCGUCGGGGACCCCACCACCAGAAGUGGGAGAUGGACGUUGUAAUGAAACGAGUCAUGUUGUCUCGUGACAUUCUGAACGAAAAUGACGAGCAACGCGACCCUAGGAUCUUCUGAUGGCCGAGCAAGGUCAAGUUUGAUCCGCAUGAUGGCUCCACUGUGAGUAAUAUGCCUCCACGCCUCAAAUUCACAUCUAGUCAUCAUAAUUACAAAAAGAAAAAAAAUUAUAUCAAGAAGUUUUGUACAGUUCCCGCUCUUGUGAUUCCACAAAUUUGUACUCCUUUUGUAAAUAGGUAUAAAAUGCUUUCCUUAAAAUGUUUGUCUUUAAAGACCGUUGACCGAUUGGUCACACAUUUUAUCCAGAACCUUGUUUAAAGACAGUAUAAGUUUUAUCAGAGUUUACAUCUUAGCCAAUUCAUUUUCAAGAUAUAUAAAAUAUACCCCUACGACGAUACAUUAUUGGUAAGGCCAUGUUUAUACGAUAAAUUUUACCAAAGGUGUGCAUGACAUUUUAAAUUUUGUUUUAAUAUUUCGUCCAAGUAAACAUUGAUGUACAUAUUAAUUUCAAAUCUACUCCAGUUUAAAGCUGCUGUGUAGACUUUAAUUCGAUGAUUGCAGCAAUCAAUUCGUACAAACCUGUUUUAAAUAAUUUAUUGUAUUGUAUAUUUAAUGAAACUCUAAAGAGAAUUUUGAAACAAUUGUUUCACGAGUUUGAUGUGUAAGUACAACAAUGCACUGCGACGAUAUACUUCCUUGUACCUACUGAAGAAUUGUACAUGUAUUCAACUGAUGUACGGAGCUACUAGUAUUCAGAUUUCAGCCUUUUCUUACAGGGUGUCAAGUUCAACGUUGAAUAGACUGUAAUUACGCAUAAAUUACGCAUAUGAUUUAAGGUUGCGUUUUCGAAUAAUUCUUCUGAUUUAACAGUAUGUAAUGUAAUAGUUCACACAGCGUGAUUCUUAUCUUGCAAUUUUGUGUUCCAUUUAACAUUAAUUUGAAAUUUCAUAAUUUUAAGGGCAUUUUUAGAUACUUCAAAAAUACUUUUUUGCCGAUGUAACUAGUUCUGUAUGUUUAUAUUAAGCAAACAAUUUAAUGUUAAAUCAGGAAGAAGUCGUGCUGUUAUAGAUAUUUCAGUACUAUAUUCGGCCAGAAUUUUUGAGACUUUGUUGCAUUCAGUUUUCUCUUUUUGGGACUGGAUACUAUUUCAGUUGAUGACAGUACAUGGAUGUAGGUUAUUUGAACAGAACACCCCAAAUAAACAGGGUCUUCCUGAGAUGACAUCA